CCAAACUGCGGAGAAUGAGCCGCGCAGGCCGCCGUAGUCAGCUGGUGCGAGCAGGAAGUGUCCCAGCUGCGGGCCGAGACUGAACCAUGGCCCCGGACCCCUGGUUCUCCACAUAUGAUUCUACUUGUCAAAUUGCCCAAGAAAUUGCUGAGAAAAUUCAACAACGAAAUCAAUGUGAAAGGAGAGGUGAAAAGACUCCUAAGCUCACCCUGACCAUCAGAACUUUGUUGAAGAACCUGAAGGUAAAGAUCGACACUCUGAAGGACUUACUGCUAAGAGCUGUAUCAACCCGUCAGAUAACACAACUGGAGGGGGAUCGAAGACAGAACCUGCUGGAUGACCUUGUCACCCGAGAACGACUGCUCCUGGCAUCGUUUAAGAAUGAGGGUGCAGAGCCAGAUCUGAUCAGGUCCAGCCUGAUGAGUGAAGAAACAAAGCGAGGAACUCCCAACCCAUGGCUCUGUGAGGAGCCAGAGGAGACCAGAGGUCUGGGUUUUGAUGAGAUCCGGCAACAGCAGCAGAAAAUUAUCCAAGAGCAGGACGCAGGCCUUGAUGCCCUUUCCUCCAUCAUCAGUCGCCAGAAACAAAUGGGCCAGGAAAUCGGGAAUGAGCUGGAUGAGCAGAACGAGAUCAUCGACGACCUUGCCAACCUUGUGGAGAACACAGAUGAGAAGCUUCGCACCGAAGCCAGGCGGGUGACCCUGGUGGACAGAAAGUCAACUUCCUGUGGGAUGAUAAUGGUGAUUUUAUUGCUGCUCGUGGCUAUUGUGGUCGUUGCAGUGUGGCCAACCAACUGAUAGCAAUAACGGGACCACCCACUGUGACACCUGCCCAUGAUGAAUGAAAACCCAGCACCCUUUUGGUAUACAACACCUGCUCUCAAUAAAUUUUCCACCGCUCCAG